AUGAGUGCUUCUAAGCUGAGACCAGUCAUAGCAUCCCGCAAAUCUUUCCCACCAUGGAUGAUCAUCCUCGGUGUGCUUGGAGUGCUGGCCAUCCUUGGGCUAGUUAUUGGACUCUUAGUUCACUUCCUGGCAGUAGAAAACAAGAUCUACUACUAUCAAGGUAGUUUUAAAGUGCUGAAUAUUCCAUAUGACAGAAAUUAUGAAAGAGAGACAUCACUAGAAAGUAACUACCUCAGUAAAAUCCUCGAGAUUAAAAUGGUGGAUGCCUUUGAGAGUUCUAACAUUUAUAAACAAUAUAUCAACUCUCAGAUCAUCACAUUGGUUCCUGAAAACAACAGCGUGACAGCACAUAUAUGGCUGGUGUUUAAGGACCCCCGGUCAAACCAGGAAAGCCUGAGAAGAAGGAUUGAAAACAUCUUACAUCAGAUGCUGGAGAACAACUCGGGAUCCUUGACUACAGAUCCUGGGUCUCUGAAGCUCACGGAAAUCACUAAGGUUGAUGCUGAGAAGAUUAUCAACAACCGCUGCGGGAGACGACCAAGAAUGUCGGCAACCUAUGACAGAAUCACGGGCGGCUCCACUGCUCAGAAAGGAGAAUGGCCUUGGCAAGCGAGUCUCAGGGUGAAUGGCAAACACCACUGUGGAGCAUCUCUCAUUGGCGAAAGAUUCCUGCUAACAGCAGCGCAUUGCUUUCAAAGGACAAAUAAUCCAAAGAACUUAACUGUUAGCUUUGGCACUAGAGUAACUCCAGCCUACAUGCAGCAUUAUGUUGAAGAAGUUAUUAUCCAUGAAGAUUAUGUUAAGGGGCAGCAUCAUGAUGAUGUCGCAAUUAUAAAGCUCACUGAAAAAGUUUCAUUCAGGAAUGACGUACAUCGGGUUUGCCUCCCGGAAGCCACACAGGUUUUCCCACCAGGGGAAGGGGUCGUUGUUACAGGAUGGGGCUCGCUUUAUUACAAUGGUAAAUCCCCACUGUUACUUCAGAAAGCAUCCAUUAAAAUUAUUGACACAAAUGCUUGCAAUUCUGAAGAAGCUUAUGGAGGCAGGAUAGUGGACACAAUGCUCUGCGCUGGUUACAUGGAAGGCAAUGUCGAUGCUUGCCAGGGUGACUCUGGAGGACCCCUGGUUCAUCCCAAUUCUCGAGAUAUUUGGUACCUUGUUGGGAUAGUGAGCUGGGGACAUGAAUGUGGCAGAGUCAACAAGCCAGGGGUCUAUAUGAGAGUGACUUCCUACCGUGACUGGAUUGCCUCCAAGACUGGUAUCUAG